AGGGCUUCAUGGUGGUUCCACAGUACUUCCAAAAGAAAAUAAGCAGAAAGAAUUGAAUCUUCAUCCAGCACACAGCAGUACAGGAAGUACUCAGCUUAAGAAGAACCUGUGUCAUAGCCAUGGAGAAUGCCUGUCUGGGGCGGUGGAAACAAGUGUGGGGCCUGUGGGAGGACCGUGUACCACGCAGAAGAGGUGCAGUGUGAUGGCAGGAGCUUCCACCGCUGCUGCUUUCUCUGCAUGGUUUGCAGGAAAAAUUUAGAUAGCACAACAGUGGCAAUUCACGAUGAAGAGAUCUACUGCAAAUCCUGCUAUGGAAAGAAGUAUGGGCCAAAAGGCUACGGUUACGGCCAGGGCGCUGGCACACUUAACAUGGACCGUGGCGAGAGGCUGGGCAUCAAACCAGAGAGUGUUCAGCCUCACAGGCCUACGACAAAUCCAAACACUUCUAAAUUUGCUCAGAAAUAUGGAGGUGCUGAGAAGUGUUCCAGAUGUGGGGAUUCUGUAUAUGCUGCCGAGAAGAUCAUUGGAGCUGGAAAGCCCUGGCACAAAAACUGUUUCCGAUGUGCAAAGUGUGGGAAGAGUCUUGAAUCAACAACUCUGACUGAAAAAGAAGGUGAAAUCUAUUGUAAAGGAUGCUAUGCAAAGAACUUUGGGCCCAAGGGAUUUGGCUAUGGCCAAGGAGCAGGGGCUCUUGUUCAUGCCCAGUAAGGUGUAAACCCAGAACUAAUCAUCACACACUGAGAAUCUCUUCAUAAUCUAGGCACAGAUAAAUCUUUAACACUAAACUACUGUGAAAUUCUACCAGCAUUAAGUACUGUAUAUUAAUUACCUGUACUUGGAUAGGCCUGGCUAAGUAGGAAGAGAGCACUGUGUCGCAUCCUUUUACUUUGUUCACCAGCAUUUUGGGGGAACAUUUCUUUUAUGUUUUAAAUAAAACUUCAGCUCGA